AUGCAGAAGAUGCUCCAAGAUAUGUUGCUAUCUUUGAAGGUGCUCCAGUCCAAGCACUGGAGUGCAGGACAUAGAGGGGGCAGCAGGCAGCCCUGCUCCAUCCCAGCUCUUACUGAGCAGGUCUGGUGUUUUCCAGGAUUCCAAGCACAAGAGUCUGACGCAGUGGAGAGCAGAGCGGAGGGGCAGCGUCUCGUUGUUGAGUGUCGCUACAGAUCCGCGGAUUACAGUGCAACACGGAAAACCUGGUGCCAGCCGAGGGAUAAGAAAUGCUCUCCAUUAGUUAUCACUUCUUACACAUCAUAUGGAUACCACAGCAAGGUUACCUCUGGAAGAACUACGAUAGAGGAUGACACCCGCAAGGGGAUUGUAACCAUCAUUAUGGAGAAGCUGCAGGUGCAGGACUCCGGCCUCUAUUGGUGUGCGCUCUAUGACCCGCCCAAUACACUGUAUCCAUUAACGACAAUUCAAUUGGAUGUUUUCAAGGAAGUCAAUGCUAUGGAGGGGCAGAAUCUCUCUGUCCAGUGUCCAUACAACACACAGCAUUAUAAAGAGGAAAAUAAAGCCUGGUGCCGAAGGAGAGUUCAGAAUAAAUGCUUUGUCUUGGUCAACACUCAUCACAUCACAUAUCAAAACAGCGCUCAGAAAGGCAGAGUCAGGAUACAUGACGACACCCAAAAAGGGAUUGUUACUAUCACCAUGGAGAAACUGAAGGUAGACGAUGCAGGGGUGUACUGGUGUGCGCUCUACAAGCCUCCCAAUCUUUACAGAAUAAUUGAUGUUAAACUGGCUGUUACCAAGACUUGUGCCAAGUAG